AUGGAAAAAUCAAAGAACUUCAGGAUCGACGCCCUCCUGGCCGAAGAAACAUACAGAGGGACCCGCGAGCUAUCACCUAGACUGAGCAGCGACAGCCCGACGGGUAGUCCGGUGUCCUGCAGGCGCGCAGACACCCCGUCCCCCCGCGGGACCCCAGGUGCCAUUCACCUCCAAACCGGAAUCAUUCCUAAACAAGGGCUGCUCAAUCUCCCGCACCCGGGACUCACGUCUCUCUCGCAUGGGUCAAUUCCGGGCAUGUAUACGGCUCCUAUGUACCCCAUUGCAGCUUUAGGAGGCCAGCACCCUGCACUGGCGUUCUCCGGUUUUACGCAGCUGACGCAGCCGUACCAGGAGCAGCUGAAGGCGGCGGCGAUGGCCGGAUCAUUACCCCUGGAGCACUGGAUACGAGCGGGGAUCAUGAUGCCACGACUGCCCGAUUACACCUCUGGGCCCCAGUCCGGUUUGAUGGGCAAAUGUCGUAGGCCGCGGACGGCUUUUACCAGUCAGCAACUACUGGAGCUGGAAAACCAGUUUAAACUUAACAAGUAUCUCUCCCGUCCCAAACGCUUUGAAGUGGCCACUUCACUAAUGCUGACUGAGACACAGGUGAAGAUCUGGUUCCAGAACCGCCGAAUGAAAUGGAAACGCAGUCGUAAAGCAAAAGAACAGGCUGCACAAGCAGAGGCAGAGCGUCAACGUGGAGGAACCAAGUCCACCAAUGAGAGGCCUGGAAGAGAUGGCCGCAGGGCUACCAUUCAGGAGGAACAAGAUGAAGAGGACGAUGUUGAUGAGGAGGAUGUGGAAGAUGAGGAGGAAGACAGAGGGCAACACAAGUUCAUAAGCGACAACCGUAACAAACAACGUUCCACAGACUUUCUGCAUCACACGGACGAAUUAGGAUACCAACCUAACAGCCCGUUCUCUGAAGACGAUAUGGAGGAGGUCGGAGGGGGUGAUAGAAAGAUUGGGGCAGGGUUAUGA